UCGAGCCCCAGCCUGGACAAGCGACCGAAUCCCGAGAUGCAAGCGAUGACGGCGUCGCCUUGUUCAUACAACAGACUUGCAACGCGAACAACAAAACCGUCAAAAUGAGCUUAACUUAUGGACUCGGGGGCACUGGGUCUGCCCUCGCUGUGGUAGGAGCAUACAUGCUCUUCACUGGCAGUGGUGAAUCCUUCGACAUCGGGGCUUUCAUUGAGGAUAUAUCGCCUUUCGCGUGGGCCAGCUUAGGCAUUUCGCUAUGCAUCGGCUUGUCCGUUGUGGGAGCUGCUUGGGGCAUCUUCAUUACAGGCUCCUCCAUCCUUGGCGGUGGUGUUAAGGCUCCCCGAAUCAGGACCAAGAACUUGAUCUCCAUUAUCUUCUGUGAAGUCGUCGCCAUCUACGGAGUGAUCAUGGCCAUUGUCUUCCAGGCCAAGAUUAACUCCCUCGACCGUACCGGGUAUUAUUCUGCCAAUGCGUACUAUACCGGCUAUGCUCUCUUCUGGUCAGGCCUGACCGUUGGCAUGUGCAACCUUAUUUGCGGCGUUGCUGUUGGAAUCAACGGCAGUGGUGCUGCCUUGGCCGAUGCCGCGGACCCUACUCUAUUCGUCAAAAUUCUCGUCAUUGAGAUUUUCAGCUCUAUUCUCGGCCUGUUUGGACUGAUUGUUGGUCUGCUCACAUCGGGCAAGGCUCUUGACUUUGGAAGCAGCGGAUGAACAACACGGAUCUCCGUCGAACUACUCGCUGAACCCGCCGUGUCGCUUCUGCAACCUCAUGGGCGGGUUUCUCGCAGAGGUGUGUGGCACAGGUGCGUUUAUACAACUAGUAUCUGCCUUUAUGUAAAAUAGCAGAAUAUCAUCACAUUGAGCGAGCCGCAUGAUUGUCGGCUUCUGCCUUCAAAGUGGCGCAGGGGAGAAAUUGGGUUUUUGCAUCAGGAUACCUUGCCGGCAUAGGAAACACAUGGGAAGACAUGUUAAAAGUAGACACGAUAUAGUCUGCACCUGUACAAAAUGACGUUAUCUAUUAGCCGGGCUUCCAGCCGCUUCAGGCGAUGAUUCAUGUGUUUCCGUGAAUGGCGCCCAUUAACAAGGCAAUUACCUGUUCGCCCUUCUUCAUCGAUCCAGCCCCUUUCGGGAGACACAGGAGCGCGUUGGCGCCCUUCAAGCUUCCGACCUUGGAACUCCUUUGGCCACCAGUACUAUUCGCAGAGAGUAAGCCAUCAGUCCCGACAGAGACGACAGCACGGUGGUACUCUGAGCGUGCCUUGUCGAGCGGGAAAUCGUGCGCCAAGGUCACGGGGAUCUUGGGCAAUCCAGCUGUUUGCAACCCGGACAGAUGGUGAAGUGACGGCAGGACAAAUAUAUGGAAAGUCACCAGAGCCGAGGCAGGGUUCCCCGGAAGCGAAAAGAUGACCUUUUGUACCCGCUCGCCCGAGUCGUCCUUGACAGGGACCGUGGCAAAUGUGGUAGGUUUCCCAGGCUUCAUAGAGACGCGGCCGAAAUGAAUGGUUCCGCCGAGGGAACGCUCAAUAGUCGGCUUGAGCAGAUCGAGCUCACCCAUGGAUACGCCGCCCGUGGUGAUGACGACAUCGGCAUGUCUCAGGGCGCUCCUCAACAUCUCCUCGAGGUGGCCGGGCUUGUCCGUUGCAAUGCCCAUGUCGGUUACCUCGUAGCCCCAGUGCCUGGCAGCCGCGAUGAGGGUCGGUCGGUUCGUGUCUCGAACUUCUCCCAACCGUAGCUCUCCCGGCCGGUCAUGGUGAACGAUCUCAUCACCAGUCGACAAGACCGCAAUGACUGGACGGCGGAACACUUGCACCUCAUCGACUCCAACGGCAGCGAGCGAGCCAAUCUCACCCCCAGCGGCUGAGACCUGUUCGUACUUACGUAGUACGAUAGUGCCCUGUUCUAUGUCGCUCCCAACCUCACGGAUAUUUUCACCUUGCUUGACACCAUCUGCCAGAAUUUCUACCUCCUUCUCCUCGUUCCCGUCGUCUGUUUUGGUCUUCAGCACAGUGUCCUCGACCAUGAUAACCGCCGUCGCUCCUAGCGGCAGGGGCGCUCCGGUCGUGAUCCUGGCAAUUUCACCCUCCUUGAGAGGAGGCGCUUCACCUGGAGAGGCAUGCGAGACCGAGACCACGGGGAAAACGCCACGCAUAUUGCCAUCCUUGGGCACGACGACAGCAUACCCGUCGACUAUGCUGGCCCUGAAAGCCGGCACGUUCUCUUUUGCUUUCACGUCCUCUGCCAGCACUGCACCCACGAGGUCACUGUUGACCUUGCGCGUCUCAAUAGUAGGCGCUGGGGUCUGCGUUUUGAUUGCCUCUAGGGCUUCGUCAACCGAAAGCAUUGGGUAUGGUGAUUCGCGAUGUCGACGAGUUGGGCCCAAGUUGGGGUCAUUCGACAUUGGGUUAGAGUCUGGCUUUGUGUGUCGGACUAGGUUCUCGUGACCAUGAUGAUGGUGGUGAUGGUGGUGGUGAUCAUGAUGAUGGUGUGAAGAGCCUCCUUGCUGGCUUCCAGUGGCCGAAACUCCAGCCUCUUGCUCCAACUUUUUCACUCCUCCAGAAUGCAGUUGACGAGAGUUUGCCCCGGAGGCUUGAACACAAGCAUGUGGCAGGAGCUUAAUAACGGCUUGAAGAUUUUCCUUGGCCCCUUUUGGAGAGCCUGGAAGAGUCACGAUGAUAGUCCCGUUUCGAACUCCGGCCACAGGCCUGGACAUCAUUGCAACUGGUGUAACAUUUAGUGACGCUGCGAUCAUGCCAUGGACAAGCCCAGGAGCUUGCUUGUGCAAUAGCGGAGCGACAGCCUCGGGCGUAUGAUCCUCUACAGCAAAGCCCGUGCCUCCAGUGGUGAGAAUCAGGUUCACUGCGUCGGCUGCGUCGGUCCAUGACAUCACUUGGCGCUGGAUGUCAGAGAUAGAGUCGGUAACGAUGCUUGUCUGCACGACGUUCCAUUGUCCGGC